AUGACAUAUCCAGACCUUCUACUCUUCAUCCAGCCCUUUGCGCCUCCGGACCAAUGGCUCCAGAGAGUGCGGCAGGCUAACCCGGGAAUUCGGGUGGAAAUACCACCCAUCUCCAAGGAAACAUGGGCAGAGGCUACAAUACUCUUCACCUGGCAACUAUUUCCUCCCAAGGAAUGGGUGCCAAAGCUGCAGUAUAUUCAGCUGUUAAGUGCCGGAUGCAAUCAGUUACUGGGCAUGCCGCUUUUUGAAGACACAGAUAUUGCAUUUUGCACAUCCAAUGGCAAUCAUCCGCCCCAAAUCGCGGAGUGGGUUUUCUCAACGUUCCUGGCGUUUCAGCAUCAUAUUCCGGAAUAUCUCGAGAACCAAAGGGCCUGCAAGUGGGUAGAUCCACCUACCGAUGAGGAUACAGAAGAUGCGGUCGGCCUCAGGAUUGGAAUUCUAGGAUACGGCUGCAUUGGCCGACAAUGUGCCCGAGUCGCCAAAGCCUUCGGCAUGGAUGUCUACGCGUAUACAUUGCACAGCCGGGAUACCCCAGAGUCUCGCAGAUCCGAAGACUAUACUGAACCAGGACUGGGCGACCCCGAAGGCGAAUUCCCAUCAGCAUGGUUUGCAGGGAAAGAGCAACUGAAUGAAUUCCUUGCAUCGAAUCUCGAUCUACUGGUCAUCACACUGCCGCUCACAAAUCAAACCCGGGGAAUGAUUUCGCGUGAGCAGUUUGACAUCCUUAGCAAGAAGAAGGCCUAUGUUAGUAAUGUUGGAAGGGGACCCUGUAUCAAUACGGAGGACUUGAUGGUUGCACUGGAUGAAGGCAAAAUCAGGGGUGCUGCUUUGGAUGUGACGGAUCCAGAGCCGUUGCCUGCUGAUCAUAAGCUCUGGGGUUAUAAGAACGUCAUUAUCACGCCUCAUUGUAGUGGGAACUCGAAUCAUUACUAUGAGCGCGUGUUGAAGAUCUUCGCGUAUAAUUUGGAGAGACGGGCACAGGGCAAGCCGCUAGUCAAUCAUGUCAACAGGGCUUUGGGUUAUUAG